CCGAGCACAGCUCAUCCAGGCCCCGGCCGCCUAUAUAAGACGCGGCUGCCGUGACCCGAGCACAGCUCAUCCAGGCCCCGGCCGCCUAUAUAAGACGCGGCUGCCGUGACCCGAGCACAACUCACCAAGCGUAGGACGAGCAAGACGGUGCAUCUCCCUGCGGUUUGAAAAAAAGUCACACAACGACGAUACCGGGAGUGAAGGAACAAACUCUGACACCGACAGUCCGGAGCGGCUUCAUGAUGCUGCGAGAAAUUUCAUUGAUUCUGCUGGUGUUCUCGGUCGCUGUCAGAUGUCUCCCUUCGUUGGAUGGAACCACCCUGUGCACAAUAAAUCCCCCUGCUGGGUUCUAUUGCGGCAGCUGUUUACAGCCGUACGCUUGUGAUUCAUCUGGGGUAUUUCAACCCCUACCCGAAUGCCCAUCAGGCACAGUGUGUGAAGGUGCAGCGCAAUGUGUUCCAAUAGCAUCGGCCUCGGUAUGCAAAUGCGUCAGCGACAUUUGCGACACCCACAACCCCAUGUACUCAGCCAAGUGCGACGCGGAUGGCAUCAUCACCGACAUAGAAGAUUGUACAGGCGCUCAGCCAGACUCUGGAACCUGUGUGGGCGGGAGCUGCGUUGAUUGCGAUGGCUUUGCGAUGAGCGGACCAGAAUACUUUGUGGUUCAGCCAAACUGUUCCGCCGGAUACCAAUGUGACGCGUGAGUAUAUGUUGCUGACAGUUCAGUGGUUUGCCGUGAGGGACAAUAUGUCUCAAAAGUUGGCAUCUGCACUGUGGCACCUCCCGAACCAUGCGCCACGGUAGACUUAUGCAGACCUAAUGAAGUCUGCGCGGACCUCACGAACUGCAAUCAAUACUACUUCUGCGACGCCAAUGGAGAAGCGAGCGCCCCUUUUCCGUGCGAUCCAACUUAUUUCUUCAACCCGGACACACUCAGAUGCGAGCAGGGAAAUGCCGGUGUUUGCGAUCCGUGGACAAAAUGUUCUUUUACUUGAGUAUGGAGCGGAGUGGAGUGCUCCACUGGUCAGGUGUUAAGAACUGAUCCCCGAGACCCACUUUUGUGCUUACAAACUCAGGUUCUAUACUGAGCGGAGGAGCUUUGCGUCCAAUAUAGACUUGACGUAAAAUUAAAAUUAAUCUUUAAAUUGUGAUAAACUUUGAGAACUUUUGGAAUACUCAGAUCAGCAAAAAAUAUUGUUCGUUAAUAAAUAAAUAAAUGCACUACAGUUCAUUCAAUAUUUCAUUCAGCAAUCAUUUUUCAAAACUGUCUCACAAUACUUAUGAACAAAGAAUGAUCCGUUUUUAGAACAUUCAGCAUGAAUAUUUGUUACGGAAGUAAAAAGAGAUACCUAAUUUUAAAAUGACUUCUAAAUGAAAUCUUUGGCCUACGUUUAGCUGAAACACAUUUUUUUCAGAUGACAAAUAAACAUCACAUGGUCGAAAAAGAAAAGUAAGAGGCAAAAAACACCAUUUCAUCAUUAGAUGAUUUAAAAAUACGUCAACAUGUACAUAACCUUUUAUCGGUUCAUUCUGAGAGUCUUCUAACAAAUAUCGGAAGCGAACAAUUAUUGUAAAUUAUGUAGAAGCAUUCGUGGAAUUUUAAUAAUUUUAACCCUUAAUUGAAUCCAACAUUAUUCACAUAAUUGAUCUUUAGCUGGUCGAUCAGUAAUUGUAGGACAACUGAUGAAAAUUUUCGUGAAUAUUAAAUGCGGAUAAUAAAAUACGAACAACAAUAUAACUAACAAUAAGAUAACGGAUAGCGUGCGAAGACUGCCUCAUUAAAAAAUUAAAUAUUUAUUUCUCCACAACCCGAGUGCAUUUUCGGCAAGCAGUAAAACUUCAGUGUAAAUAACUUUUUACAUUUAAGAAAAUAAAACUAAGCAAAUAUAUUUUUCAAUCAAUCACAGC